ACCUUCCAUUCGAUUUUGCACCUUAUAUUUAUUUUAUCCUCUUUUUUUCUAACCUAUAACAACUUCCAGGAAGCAACCUCCAUUGCCAUUUCCUCUAAUCAACUCUCCUCACCUUCUUCGAAAUCAUCACCUUUCACACUACACAAUAAUCUUGUUUCCAUUUCCGUCUCCAUUAUAUAAACCCUUCCUAUCUGGGUACGUAUAAUAUUUCAACAAAGGAUCAUUAGCAGUGACAAAAUCAGCUUAAAAAAAAAAAGAAAAAUCAUUUCUGGGUUCUGCUUAUUCUUUCUAUUUAUGGUCAUGGAUGUUCUUAGCGUUAACGUGAAGAGCAAGAAACAACCCAGGAGAAGGAGUACUAAGAAGGGUAUCAAAGUUGUGUACAUAUCUAGCCCUAUGAAAUUUGAAACCAGUGCCUCAAAGUUCAGGGCUCUUGUCCAAGAACUCACCGGAAAAGACUCCGACGCAGAGAGACUCAUGGAUGACGUUAAUGGUGUUGAGAACUACUCUACUGAAAUUCUUGACCGAAGAGCUGCAGAUGAGUCUGGUGGAUCUUUGUUUCCUUUGAUGAACUCUUACAAUGAGUCAUCGUCUCCUGAUUCUGAUUCUAUGUUGGAGGGUUUCGAUGGAGGAUUCUUGCCGGCUAUGGAAGGCAGCUUUAUGAGCAUGUUUCAAUCAAAUCUUUUCCAUGAAUCUUUAGCUCUUGAGCUAGAUGUGUUUAAUUAACUAGAAGAUUUACUUUUAAGUAUGCUUUGUAAGUUUCUGUGAGCUUUUUCUUUCUGUUCUUGUCAUUCUUCCUAUAUACAUAUAUAUGUAAAUUAAUCAUAGUAGUAGAUAAAUAAAGUAAUUUUUGAUA